CGACAACUCCCGCAGCGUGUUUGGUCAACAGAAUCAUUUGGAAAUGGUGGGGAGCUGCCGCCAACACGAAGCUUCCAUUCGAAGUAGGAAAGUCAACAUGGCGGAGAGUGAAAGUGACGAUGAGGUGUAUGAAGAUGCUUUGGAAGAUUUUCAAAUGGCUCACUGUAGUAUGUAUCAUGCUCUUGGAAGAGGAACAUUACUUUUUAUGCAAGCUAUGUUGACUUUAGAAAAUGCAGAAAUUGAAGUGGCAAGAGAAGCUUUAAAACAAGCUGUGGAUGUUUGCAAUCGACGCAGAAGAAAGAAUUCUAUUAUUUAUGUGACUAAAAUGAUUAAACGUCCAGAUUAUAAUCAAUAUACAGAAGAGGAAAUACAUGCAGAAUUAUGUUAUGCUGAAAAUUUACUUUUAGUAGCAAUUUUGACAUUUGUGGAAGAUCAAAGUCUAGUCAGUUUUGUAAAAGGAGGUUUAAGGAUACGAUCUUGUUAUCAUUCGUAUAAGGAAUGCAUGCAUAUACUUGAGAACAGAAAAUGGGAAGAUUGCAAACAGAAAAGUCAUUUUGAAGGUGGUGUGAGGAUGGGUAUUGGUGCUUUUAAUCUGAUGAUUUCACAACUGCCAUCAAAAAUUUUAAAACUUUUGGAAUUUAUUGGUUUUUCAGGAAAUAGAGCAGUAGGACUUAGAGAAGUAGAAAUGGCAUAUGGACUUCAUGAGGGUUUACGAUCUCCUCUUUGUGCACUUGUAUUAGUUGCUUAUCAUACAAUGGUCACAUAUAUAUUAGGUUCUGCAGAUGGGGAUAUUGAUCAGUCAGAAAAAAUAUUAAAUGAAAUGUUAAAAAUUCAUCCAAAGGCUGCCCUUUUUAUAUUUUUUUAUGGACGUGUUAAACAACUUCGAGGAAAUAUUGAUGAAGCUAUUGAAACUUUUAAAGAAUCAAUUAGUGUUCAACAAGAAUGGAAACAAUUCCAUUAUUUAUGUUAUUGGGAGUUAUUGUGGUGCAAUUGUUUUAAAUGCGAUUGGGAAGAAGCAGUUAAAUGCACUCAGAUAUUAAGAAUGCAAUGCCGUUGGUCACCUGCAAUUUAUACGUAUGUUGAUGCAUCUGUAAAAUAUAUGAUCAUGAUGGCUGGAAAUGAGGAUCUCAGGGAUGAAAUUGUGAUGCUAAUGGAAAAAGUGCCAAGUUUGAAACAAAGACUUGCUGGAAAAUCAAUUCCACUAGAAAAAUAUGUUGUAAUGAAAUCACAAAAAUUUUUCAGUCAAGAUUGCAAAUUAUUACUACCUGCUUUGGAAUUGGUAUAUAUAUGGAAUAGUUUUCCAAUAAUAGCAAAUGCACCUCAUCUAGCUGAAAAUAUGUUAACUGUUAUUGACAAAUUUAUGCCUGAAUUGCCUAAUGAUGAUGAUAAAAAUGCAGAUGAUUAUUGUUUGGCAUUAAUAUUACGGGGAAUGUGCUUGAAGUGUAUUGGACGCACAAAAGCAGCUGAAGAAUGUUUUCAUACAAUUGUUUCAUUGGAGAAGAGAAUUAAAGAUGAUACAUACUUAAUUCCUUUUGCAAUGACAGAACUAGGUUGUAUGGCACUUGAUGAAGGAAAUUUAACACUUGCUAAGGAAUUAUUAGAACCUGCAAGACACAAUUACCAUAAUUAUCCAUUGGAAACCUUACUGCAUUUUAGAGUUCACUCAGCUUUACGCUUUUUAAGAUCAAAAGGCCAGAAACUUAAUUCUAAUUUAACACCAUCACCUCAAACCACCCCCUUGCCUUCUCCUGAACCAUCUCCCAUUCACCAUAACAAAGAAUUUGCUCCUUUUCGUACUCUAAGUCCAAAACCUCCCUCUCACAAUAGUCAGUUUCUUCAUCCAAAAAGUGGAGAAUUUGCAGCAACUCCUUAAUAUUCAAAAUACUUUACUGUUAACUGUCAUUUUCAGAGGAUUUUAUCAAUGCCUUGUAGAAACUUCUAUAAAUUAUUAAAAAGGCACUGCAAAUUGCAGUUAAUUUGAAAGACUAUAAUGUUAAUUGUUGUAUAUGUAUAUAUGUGUUAUAUAUACAAUAUUUAUAACUCUUUAAAAUUGUAGAUACAUUUUUUUUUAUUCAUUAUCUUGAUAGAUAUAUAUUUUGAUGGCAUUGGAAUGAAAAUAAUGAAAUUGUUUAUAUCUUAUUUGUAAUAUAGAAGAUAUUUAGUGUUUAUAGAUAGCUAAUAUUUAGAAUUCAAAUGUAUUAAAAGAUCAGUAAUUUUUUCUAAAAUGUAUUUGCUAUUGUUCAGAUUAAUUUAGUACUUAAAUUUAUUUUAUUUAAUGACUAUGAAAUUUAUUUUUUUAUAUAAAUUAAUAUAUUUUAUAUUAAAAUUUUAGUAAAUAUUAUUAUUUAUGCAUAUGAAUGUGAGGAUGUGCAUUGUUCUUGUAAGUAAUUUUCAAAAAGAAAAUUAUAUCUUUAAAAAUGGUGACUAAUUUAAAAGAUGCAGUAUUAUAAUGAUUGUUGUAACUAUUGUUGCAAAACUUCAGAAAUAUUUUUAUAUUAUCUUAGAUAAGUCUGAUACUUAUUGUUAAGGUAAUCAAAAUAUUUACUUGUUAUAUGUAAGCUCAUAGUGAUAUCAUAUCAAAUAAUUAGUUUUAUUUGAAAAUCUGUUGCCUUUAAAUGAUUAUUCUAUUUCCUAAUGUAUGUUAGAUAUAAAAAGAGUUUAUUAGUCAAAGAAUAGAAAUAUAUCAAGUUUAUAAUCUGAAAGUACUAAAUAUUGUGAAGUAAAAUUAUAUUAAUAAUUAU